AUGGAAAAUAUAGAAUUAUCUCAACAGACAUCCAAGAGAUCAUAUGCAACCACAGCUCAAUUGGAUGAAGCAUCUUUGAGCAAUACAGCAGAUCAUUUGAGUGCUCGCAACGUCUACAAACAUGAUGAUGAUGAUGAUGAUGAUGAUGAUGAUAUGACAGCCAACAUCCAACCUAGAAUAUCAGGAGAAAGUAGUAUACACAUCCCACCCAAUACACACGGUAUUGAACAGAAAAAGACGCUUGCUGAAAGAAUCAAAGCCAAGAUGCCACCGGUGCCGUUGAUGCGAGCCAUUGUCAAAGCAUCGUUUGCAGUGUUGAUCGCUUUGAUCAUUGCAUUUGUGGAUACAACUAGAAAUGCGAUAGGACAAGGUAUCAUUCUAGUGCCUAUUGGCACUAUUCUUCAUUUUCCUAUCCGUCCACUGGGUGUUCAAUUAGAGGCUACAAUUCAAGGUUUACUUGGCGCACUGGUUGGAUCUGCUUGGUGCAUGUUGGGCAUGUAUCUUGGAAACCUCGCUCGUGAUCCUGCAAUCCCUACUCCUGUUCAGCCGAACUCGAGCGCCGUUUUAGCCGUCUUUAUGUUCAUAGGUGUAUUCGGAUUAACCUAUGUCCGUAACAAGUUUGCACAAGCAAAUUUUGCUUGUAUUUUUGCCAGUAUGAUCGCUGCAUUUGCCUUGACUCAAGCUGCUGUCACUCCAGGAUUUCAGCCUGUUAUUGUGUAUACAUUCUUGAUUCCCAUUGCAUUAUCUGCUGGCAUUGCAUUAGCUGUGGAUGUGCUGAUAUGGCCCGAUGACAGUAUUACCAAGUACAUGUCCAUUCUCAACGUAUCGCUCAAAGAAUACAACAGCUUCUUUCAAGAACACUCAAAUGCAUUCCUCUCCAUCACGACCAGUCCUGAAGCCAUGACAUUGCCCUCACUGCACGCACGUCUGCAGAACAGCAUUCUCAAGUUGAUUGAUUGCAAGCGUGAAGUACAGCGAGAGAUUCUAUUCAACCGACUCGCCCAUGACGACAUUAACAGCAUUACUCGACUUGUCAAAACUAUGCGUUCACCCUUGCAUGGCAUUGGUCUCAGUCUCAUCACCAAAGCAGAGCGACUGGAACAAGUCAAGCAACCUUAUUUUGCCGCUGCUGUAGCAGACGAUCAAAGUGAACACAAGAAGGAGUUUUUGUUAGGAUUGGAAGAGCUGCGUAAAGUCAGCCAGGAACUGACAGACACCUGUGUCAUGACGCUGGGCGAGUGCAAUGAACGGCUAAUGAAGUUUUCAGGCAAACCUCGGUCUUUGAUGAGCAGCCUCUUUUGGCCCUUUCCUCGUAUCUUUAUCAGAGACUACUACAAGAGCAAGAAGGCGAUCCAACAAGAAGAGCAACGGCAUACACGUAUUCAGAGUCUCUCUGAGCGUUUGGAUCAAGUCAUUUACAAGUACGAGACGGAAAGCAAAAAGACGUCGCACAUCUUUAUUGAGCCUGGAGCUGACAAGUUUGAGGAACGCUUCAAUGGGUUACUGCAGAUCAUCUACUUGUUUCAAUACAAUCUGAUGGAACAUGCCCUUCAGCUGCGAUCCUUGGUGGCCUGUGUCGAAAGCAUUGAAGCCACUCGCACCAGCCGCAGACUGUGGUUUCCUCAUCUCAAGCUACGCAAAUGGUUCAGGUCGUUGAGCGUCAGUGCCAAUUUAGGCGGUCAAGUAGGCACUGCAACCAGUGGUCCUGAAACAGGCGGUACAGGUGCUGGUGGUAUGGUCAAUGAUUUAACGCUAUCUCAAACCAUGACACGACCUGAUAAUGUCGAAAGAGACGAUGACAUGGAACUGGUGUGUCGCAGAAACCGUCAAGGCAAGGCCUAUCCUCGAGACCCUGAUGUCAACCCUCCUGAAACGGCAUCGGAGAACUUUUUUUACAAGGUAUAUCACAUUGUCAACUGGGCAAAGAGUGUAGACGCUAUAUUUGCGUUCAAGACGUCUGCUGGUUUUACUCUGUUGUCACUGCCCGCUUUUCUUGCCUCGAGUGCUACGUGGUUUUUCGCUUGGAGAGGUCAAUGGGCUACUAUCACCUUGAUGCUGUGGAUGUUUCCCAUGGCCGGCAUGUUCUUUUUCACUGUCAUUCUGAGAGUGCUUGGCACCGUGUUGGGGGGCGUUGCAGGUAUCGUCGUAUGGGAGAUUACAAGAGGCAAUCCUUAUGGCCUGUCGGUAUUGAUGUUCGUUGUCAUGAUGCCCCUGUAUUACAUUUUCUUUACUAGCCAAAUCAUGAACAUUGUGGCCAUCAUGACACAGAUUACAUUGAUUCUGGUUGUGGUCAUGGAGUAUACCUAUGUGGUGAGCGGUGCUCCUACCUUUGAUUCUGUGGAAAUUGUGGCUGGCAAGCGCAUGUUGCUAGUGAUCAUUGGCGUUGCAGCAGCAGCUAUAUUAGCCGUUUUCCCCAAGGCUGUUACAGGCAGAGUAGAACUGCGUAAGCGUAUCUCUCGCACCAUGCAUGACCUCAGCAAAUUAUACGGCAUUCUUGUGAGUGACAUUCUAGCAACCAAGGGAACGGACGCUGAGCCCACGCCUGGUCAACGCAAAGCUUUCCGUAAACUAGCAUUGGGUAUUCGACGACAGAUUGCAGACGAACAAACCUAUCUCAAAAUCACCAAGCUGGAGCCUCCAUUGCGAGGCAAAUUCCCUGUAGAAGAAUAUACCAAACUUGUGGAAAAGUUGGAUAAUAUGGCUGAUUUAUUGCAAGGCAUGGCAUUUGCUUCUCGAUCCAUUGACAAGGCAUGGAAGCGUAAAUUAGUGCAAGUGAUUGAAGAGGAGAGAAUGGAAUAUCUUGCUUCCAUCUUAUCCAUCAUGAAACUUUUAUCCGCAACACUCGCCUCUAAAAUGGCAUUACCGCCAUUUAUGCUCUCUCCUACUGAAUUACGACUUCGUCUUGCUCGCAGGAUGAGUCAAGCGAUUACCAGAUAUCCCGAGAACUUGGACAACGAUACGUUUCCCAGUUACUGUGCCUUUGCCGUCAAUUCAUUUACAUUCUCGGGCGAGCUGGCUGAAGCCAUGGAAUGCAUAGAGAACCUGGUAGGCGUGGAAGAUCCUCAGCAAUGGCUAUUGUUGAACGCUUAA